AUGUCGGAGGGCAAGAUAAAGUACGCCCUCUGUGGCGCUGUUUCUGCUAUAGCAGCCAAGGCAAGGGUGACUAUAUUUCGUUAUUCUUCAGGCUUCAUAUUCGUUGUCGACAGUAAUGAUCAGGAAAGAAUAGAUGAGGCGAGGGAAGAACUUCACCGUAUGCUGAGUGACGAGGGGCUGCGUGAAACCCCCUUGUUGGUGUUUGCAAACAAACAGGUGUGUGUGUGUAUUUCGUGUUAAUGACUUCUCUAUCGCAGGAUUUGCCAAACGCAAUGCCGGCCUGCGAGGUAACUCAAAGACUCGGCCUCUCCGCUUUUCAGGGGCGUCAAUGGCACGUGCAAGCCACGUGCGCCACCUCAGGCACUGGUCUCUACGAAGGCCUGGACUGGCUAUGCAACACUCUUUCCUCAGCCAAGCGAUGA